AUGGCCGAGGUUCCACCGAAGCAGCUGGAUGCGCAAUUCCACACGCAGCCGUACGCCUUCAACCAAGCGCCUCCAAAACCCGCCAAAGAAUCGCAAGAUGCCGACUCCAAGGCCCCAUUGCCCAAGGGCGUAGUCCUCGACAAAGAUGGCAAGCCCUGCCGCACCUGCACAUCAAUCGCCUCAUGGCGCGCCCUAACAAAGCAACAAUCGCAAACCUCCCUUUCCUCCUCUACCGCCUCUACUUCAUCAUCAUCACCCUCAACAAUCCCCACACCAGCAACAACCUCCCACUCCACGCCCCAACCGACCGAAAUCCCCCCAGACUGCCCGCCCGACGUCGAAGAACUCGGCCGCUCAACCUGGACCCUCCUGCACAGCAUGGCCGCCACAUACCCCGAAAAGGCCACCACACAACACCAAGAAGACAUGCAGGGCUUCCUGAGGUUCUUUUCCAAGCUGUACCCGUGCUGGGUGUGCGCGGACGAUUUCAGGACGUGGAUGGCGCACCCGAGUGGGCGAAAUCAGCCGAAGUUGGGUGGGCGGAAGGAGUUUGGGUGGUGGAUGUGUGAGGCGCAUAAUGAGGUUAACCGGAAGUUGGGGAAGAAGGAGUUUGAUUGUCGGCUUUGGGAGGAGAGGUGGAGGACUGGGUGGAAGGAUGGUCGGUGUGAUUGA